CUGCGCAAUUCUUUCUUUUUCUUUUUCUUUUUAAUCCUUAAUCCUUAAUCCUUUUAAAUCCUUUUCAAUCCUUUUCAAUCCUCCAACCCAAACUCCAUCCAUCAACAAAUCCAAUUCACAAUGCCAAUCAAGGAAAUCACCAACAAGGAGGACUAUACAAAUACUAUUUCCAAGGCUCUUCCCAGCAAGCUUAUUGUUGUCGACUUUACUGCUACUUGGUGUGGACCAUGCAGAAUGAUCAAGCCCACCUUUGAGAAGCUUUCAAACCAAUACCGUCAUGUCAUUUUCCUUCAGGUUGAUGUGGAUCAGCAAAGCGAAAUUGCUGCGGAAGCUGGAGUAUCUGCCAUGCCAACUUUCCAAUUCUUCAAGGCCAACAAAAAGAUUGCAGAAUUCAAGGGCGCUAACGCAGCUCAGCUUGAGAGUCUGAUCAAGCAGCACCAGGGACCAGUUGAGGAAGGUGGGGCUGAAGGAUCUGGAUCUAGCUCUGGAUCAUCAUCAUUGGUGGCUGGACAGACUGACAUUUCAGAUCAAAUCACUCUGAAUCAGGUCGAUUGCUUAAACCAACAGAAUGCUAAUCAUGUCCGAAAUGCAUUGACUGCUGAUGACAAGUACCUUGAAAGUGAUGUGGACGAGCAGUUGAUCAUUUCAAUUCCUUUCAAUCAGGCCGUCAAGUUGCACUCGAUUAAGAUUACUCCCAAGGAUAUCUCUCACGCCCCCAAGACGAUCAAGUUGUAUGUGAACAGGGUGACAUUGGGAUUCGAUGAUGUUGAGAGCGUGGAGGAAACACAAAAGAUCGAAUUGACUGAGAAGGAUUACGAGGGCAAUGGAUUGAUUCCUCUUCGCUUCGUGAAGUUCCAGAGUGUCAAUAAGGUGAUUCUGUUUGUUGAGGAUAACUUGGGAGACGAAGACACGACCAAGAUCCAGCAACUUACUUUUAUUGGAAACUCGCUUGAAGGCACUGACAUGUCAGCGCUCAAGAAGGUUGAGGAUCACUAAAAGAAAAAAGAUACAAUUUUCAUUGAAAGCUGAGGUAGAUAAAUAAAUAAAUGGAAAACAAUAAUAAUAAUAAAAAAGAGAUACCAUUGAUUGACUUGGUG